CUACAGUCGGCAUCGUCUACAGUUUCGCAAAACGGAAGGCUUUGUUCGAUUGGCAGUGGGUCGUAAUCGAGUGGAACUUUCGGUUGAACGCGGACGUCGUACCGUUUAGCAAUUAAUUAACAGAAUAUUUGACGUGCCACUUCCGAUUAUGGCAAGCCGGUGCUGAGUGAGUGUCCUACAUAUUAUCGGGAUUGUUUUUUUUAAAAUCGGAAGUGAUCUUUUUUUAUCCCCGGAACAAUGAAGAGACUUCGGACGAUAGCGAUAGUGAUUCAACGUGUGUCAAUUACGCUGUCAGUUUUUUGGGCUGCCAUGGUAGUGAUCCAGUUGACGUCAAUAACUCCAAAGGCAAUUCUCAGUCCUUGUGACCGGCCUUGCAAUCGAGCUGACUGGCCCCGAAUAUGCCGCUACCGGUUGAUUGUGGAGAAGCGCACUUUCGGCAAGUUCUCAGUGGAUCAUAAAAGUAUAAUUAGCGACGAUGAGCCGGCUGUUGCAGCCGGUGCCGGGCAUUUCUUUGGCAGCGCCAGGGAUCAUCACCACUACCUUGUCAACGGAAAGCACACCGGACCAACGUUGAACGUGUGCGAGAAUGAUUUUAUUGUAAUUGACGUCGAGAAUCGCAUCCCGGGCCAAAGUAUUUCGAUACACUGGACCGGCCAGAGUCAGCGACACACACCCUUUAUGGAUGGGGUGCCAAUGAUAACCCAAUGUCCCAUCGUCAGUUUCACAACAUUCCAGUAUAAGUUCCAAGCGGAUCGUGUCGGAACGCAUCUGUAUCAUGGUUUCUCCAGCGAGGAAAGGAGUCUCGGCCUGGUUGGCGCCCUGUUGGUACAUUCGGUGUAUGAACAAUCCAAGCAUCCGUUGACGAGCAAUCACCAGGGAGAUAUUGUUUGGAUACUCUCCGAAACGAAUGGAAACGUUCAAAUAAACGGUAAAAGAAGAAUGGCUCAGUACGUUAAGCCUGCAGCAAGCUACCGAUUACGGGUCGCUUAUAUGGCCCCGGUCGGGCAGCCAGAGUGCGAACGAUGGUUGGAAAUUGAGAAUCAUCGGCUCACCGUCAUUGCCCUGGAUGGAAAUUUAAUUAAACCAUUUCUGGUCGAUCGCAUUGCACUGUCGGAUGGCGGACGAGUGGAUUUGCUGGUUCGAACAACGGGAAUGGCACGGGAUUAUGCUAUUCGUAUAACCACCGGUGACGACAUUGCCAAUGGUAGUAGCUGUGCGAUUAAGCACGAAAGAUUUCGUUUGAAAUACAUUGGGUCCAGAGCAACUGAUCUUCAGAACCUUCUUGAAAGUACUGGUAGAGUCGCUGCUGGGACAAUUUCAGAGCGGGCAACGCUGAGCGGACAGCAUCAGUCGUCGCAGUUGACCAGACAGACGGGAUUCAACUCGGGUCGGACGAUUUGUGCCAAAAACACUGCAGUAAAUAUUUCCCAAGGGAAUGAACACAUGAAGCAGCAGGUUUGCUUACUUGAUACCCGAUCCAAUCACGCUGGCGGCAUCGGUAGAGUAGAAGAAAACUUUCCACUGUCGUUACAUGACACUGACAGGCAGAUUAAUCUGGUGAUUUCGAAGCAUAAAGUUGUUCGGGAGAUGAUAGGAGAACAGUUCCACGAAAUUUCCUACUCCGUCAAUGGUUUUAGUUUCAUAUUUCCCUCGGUUCUGAUGCUUUCGAAUUUGGCGCACAACGAGCUGACGCUUCAUCUUUGCAGCAACCACAGCGGCGAUCGUCGGAUGCCAAGAAAAUGUCACCAACUGACAAAUGAACCGUGCGAAUGUGCUCAUGUUGAGCAUAUCGAAACAGGCCAUCGAGUGGAGUUGGUUUUAAUUAACGAAGAUCCGGACUCGGACCAUUCCUACCAUCUGCACGGACAUCGGUUCUUUCUACUAGCGGCGUCCCGCUGUGAUAAAGGUUGUACGAGCCAGCUUCCAACUAUUCGACGAAACUUCGACCGCCCGGUCCAACGGGAUACAAUCAAAAUUACCAAAAGGUCGCUGGUGGUGCUGAGGUUCGUGGCGGACCAUUCUGGGCUGUGGAUGCUGCGAGAUCUGGGUGCCCAUCCCGGCUGGUCUCGGGGGCUCGAUGUACUGCUGAGCGUGGGUGGAGCGAAAGAUGCCGUUAUCAAUCUACCGGAGGAUUUUCCGAGCUGUAGAAAUUUCAUUGGGCCAAAGUAUUUUCUUAUUUGAAGUGGAAUCAAACUAGUAUAGAGAGGAAUUAUAAUUUGGCAUUGAGUUUUA